CGGCGGGGCCGAUGGAUAUACAGCCUGCCGCCGCCGGGGCUGGGGGGCGAGGCUGCCGCCUGGCCCGGGGGAACGGCGAGGGCAUUGCGGUUAUUUUUGGCCUUUUGUGCGGAUGGCUUCAGAGAAUGCUCCAGGAAUAGGGAAUGAAGUGGAAAUCAACUGAAUUCUCUUGUGCACCGCUGAGACGAAAUGACAUUCAUGCCUGUGGUGAAUGGAAGUCAUGGCAGCAUCUAACAUGGGAGGGAAAGACAUGAACGGACAAUGUGGCGUGACUCGUUCAGAUUGCAAAUCUUCUGCCUGCUUAUGGCAGUGCUGGCUAUUGUGGUGCUGGUCCAUAAUUUUUUUCAGUUAGAGCACCUGGACGACGACACAGUUUCAGGAUCGAAUUGGAUAACAGAAAACAAUGUCCAGCAUUCACAGACAACCAAAACUACCCGGAAGCCUUACUGUGGUUAUAAGCAACAGACGUUGUCCAAAAGAGAACAGGCGGAGCAGGAGUCGUUGCUUGCUGCAAUACAGUGGCCAAAACCCCCCAGUGGCAAACUUGCCUUUCUACAAAGCACUGAUCCUGCUCACAGUGACUUCGUGAUUGUGAAACCCAGCGGGUUCUUCAAGGUGGGUGAUCAGUUAGAGGUGCUGGUUCGUAUGAAGGAUUUCCAAGGAAAACCCAAGCAGUAUGGUGGAGACUAUCUACAGGCACGAAUUCACUCUCCUCUGCUGAAAGCUGGAGCAACAGGAAGGGUUGUUGAUUGCCAUAAUGGCCUUUACAAAGUCUUCUUUACCUUGCUUUGGCCAGGAGAGGUCAAAGUUUCUGUGUCACUUGUCCAUCCGAGUGAAGCAAUCCAAGUCCUCCUGCGUUUACGAGAAGAGAGGCCAGACAGGGUCUAUUUCAAAAGCUCAUUCAAGUCUGGGAGGUAUUCGGAAACCACCGAGUGCAAUGUUUGCUUGCCUGGAGAUCUCCCAGUCUGUAACUUCACAGAUCUCUACACAGGUGAGCCAUGGUUCUGCUACAAACCUCGAAAACUGUCUUGUGCCAGCCGGAUCAGCCAUGCCAAGGGUGGAUACCAAAAAGGUCUUCUGACGCAAGAGGAAAGCCUCUUUUUCCAAAGUGAUGUGAACAUCAAAAGGCCGAUAUUCUCCAGUGGACCCGAUUCAGUGAUUGUAAAGCCCAAGGCAUUUACAGAUUCAAGCAGUAUGGACAGAGCUGAAGAUCACACCAUUUUCCCUUCUGGUUAUUAUUAUGAAGAUGAGUGGAGGUCCAGAACACACUGGAUCCAUCGUUUUAACAAGUCAGAUGAUAUAACCAAUUGCUUGCAAGGAAAAGUAAUCCACUUGUUUGGAGACUCUACAAUAAGGCAGUGGUUUGAAUAUCUGACAGCAUUUGUUCCAGAUCUAGUGGAGUUUAACCUGGGGAGUCCGAAGAAUGUGGGCCCUUUUAUGUCUGUAGACCUGAAGCACAAUAUCCUACUGAAGUUCCGCUGUCAUGGGCCACCCAUUCGCUUUUCAACAGUUUUUAGCAGCGAACUGCGCUACAUCGCCAACGAGCUGAAUGGCAUAGUGGGGGGGAGAAACACGGUGAUAGCCAUAACUAUAUGGUCCCACUUCAGCACUUUCCCCGUGGAAGUGUAUAUCCGGCGGCUGAGGAACAUACGGAGAUCAAUUAUUCAGCUGCUGGAUCGCAGCCCCAAGACUUUAAUCGUCAUCAGGACUGCUAACGUUCAGGAGCUUGGGCCAGAAGUGAGCCUCUUUAACAGUGACUGGUAUUCCUUUCAGCUUGAUUCUGUCAUGAGGAAAAUGUUCUCAGGAAUUGCUGUGCACUUUGUGGAUGCUUGGGAGAUGUCUCUGGCUCAUUACUUGCCACAUAACUUGCAUCCAGAAGAAGUCAUUGUUAGGAAUCAAAUAGAUGCGUUUUUAUCUUACGUGUGCCCUCUGCAAAUUUAGCACAAGUGGGUAUCCCUGUGUCAUCUUUUGCUGUAGCUGAAGUAAAGUUGCUCUUUGUUGGAGCUACCGAAUUACGCUGGAUGGUAUGGAAGAACUCUGGUUAUUGUACCUGCAUGCAGUAAAAGAGGGGUGGCCUUAACUCUGGGUAGCUAUGAUGGGACAAGAUGACUGUUCAGGCCAUAUCUUCAUGUGAGGUUGAUUUCUUUCAACCUUAUCACACAUACCUGAGAUUAUUAGUGAGCACCUUAAAUUAAAUUAACAGGAUUCAAUAAGAAAUUGCGUGGGUUAUUAGCUUUACUAGUUGUCUACACUGUAUGCUUGAUUUAGUCCAUAUGAUACUGAUUCUGUUGCCAGGGUCUUGCUGCUCGGAACUGUCUGUGAAACCUGGGAAAGAUUUUGGGAGCAGUCUUUCAACAUUCCAGAGUUUGAGGGACAUCCCCUCUAGUUGUAUGUCAGGGAAGCAAAGUGUCUGUUCUUGUUUCAAAGUUCUAAUUAGAAACAUGAAGGGGGUGUACCAAAAUCACUAAUAUCAAUCGAAAAAGCACAACCAGAAUAUCUAUAGUAUUAAUUCAUUAAGAAUUGGCUGAAAUUGAAUAGACCACACUAGUUAGGCAACUUUGAUGUUUACAGAUAGCUGCUAAAUAAUGCAAAUAGACAUUUUAGCUUGGUUUCCUGUACUACUGAAUUUCUUCUGAGCUUUGAUGCACUGUCUACUUCUUGAUUUAUCUGUAAUGGAGAAAUGUGUAUAUUAUGACCUCGGUGAAGACACUGUCUUGGGCAGUUUCUGCAAGUUUGAAUUGCAGGCUUUGCCUACUUGAAGCUUGAAAUAUUUCCUGGUGAAAGCGUUUCCCUUCCUGUAAGAUAAAGCUAUUCCAUUAUGCUCUUGCCAAGCUGGGCUUCUGAAACUUGCUCGUGUACAUCCUUCAUACGUAGUGUCUGCAUGGAGAGGCCAGGUGACCUGAAUGCACUUGAGGAUGUUUGGCAAUGGGUAACAGUAACUGGUGCGCACUGGUGUCAAGGCCGUGCAAUGAUCCCCCUUCUAUGUCUGGCAGUUUUAUCGCUUAUGAGCUUCAUUGCUGCCAGUAUAAAAGGUCAAAAAAAUUGUGCUCAAAAGCCAAACACACACAGGGUUGCCCUUCGUACAGAUUCUUGGUAAAUAUUUGCAGUUUUGCUGGUGUGAAAGCUGGUGGCUCUUGGGCCUCUUGGUGUGGUGUUUUCUGCUGUUAAUUUCAUCGAGCCUGCCUAGUUUUAACUUUGAAAACAAAGUUUUGAUUAAAUUCAGCCCCCAAAUUAAACAGCAGAGAAGUGUUAAACGUUGUCUUAUUUCUGAUCCCACUCAGUCCAAAGGUAGUCUUUACUGAGAAAUGUGUCAAAACAGCAGUGGAGGGCUUCUGAAGUGGCUUGACAUGCUUAAGAGGGAUAUAGAAGUUGAGUCUUUGUGAGCACGCUGAGAAGAUAAAAAUUAAUAAGGCAAAUUGGUAGGUCGUACAGAGUGGAACAAUUGAAAUGUCGUACUUUUAGAAAUGUUUUACUGUUCGCCAGGUUUGCUGCUGUAUUAGGAAGAUUGUGCAGUUAUUGCUGGCACCCUAAGAGGGCUAAUGCUACCAGCUACAGAACAGUGUUUUUUGUUUCGUUCAUUUUAAAGGACAACUGAGAACUGUUUUAAAAACAAAUGUAAAUGCUUUUAGCAUGUAAAAGUCAUCAGUAGCAUCCAUCUAUAAACUUACCAAUUUUAAAAUGUUUAAAAAUGACUGGAGGAGUCGCAUAUGCUGAAAUAGCAUUUAUUCAAAUCUGAAUUAAGGAGGCCCAAUUUGCCAGUUCCUACUGACAACUGCCUCACGUAGUAUCUGUCCAUAUAUUAGCUUUAGGUAACUAUUUCUUCCUUUAAUAAGUUCAUGGAAAUUUAUCCUCUGCUAAAAAGAGACCACACCAAUCCAGGUCUGGGAAGGCAAACCACCACAAUACAAACUGACCUUUCAUCUUUUCCAGGUGUGUUUUUGAAAAUAGGUAGAGCAUAAGGCUUUCAUCCUGAAUAACAAAUCUAUCCAAAUAAUGUUAAUGAAAAUAAGACUUCAAACUUUUACUUUGAAGGAAACUACUUAAUUUGUGGACUAACUGUUUGGUUUUCCUCCUAAAGCCAUAUUGCAUGUGAAAGCGUGGUGACAGCAUGUUUCUUCUCUGAAUGUUGGGGUGCUCACCACUGCUCUUCAACAGCAACUUUUUAUUGCUGUUAGCUAGCAAGAACAGAUAGAGAGAAACAUGUUUUUUUGAAUGUCUUGACGAUUGAAGAAAAGAGAACAGGACUUAUAUUAGCAAAGAUAUCUAAUCACUUUCUAGUAGAACCUCUCCCUUUUAGAUUAAUUAGAUUCAUUUUUUUUAAAUAUCAGAUUAACUUUUAGGUAAUGAACUUGAGGGAAAUUGCCAGUUGAUUUGGAAUGAGAACUACUAUUUCAUUUCUUUGGUUUCUGGAAUAGACAGAGGAGAAGGGGAGAGGCUGAGGACUUAAUUUUGUUUUAAGAUGAAGACUGGGGACACUAUGCUUUCAUAUGUCAUUCAGUUGAACUAGAAAUGAUUUUUCAUUUCCAUUCUUGGCUUGUUACCACUUGCACUAGUUGUGUAUGUACUGUAUAUGGAAACAUAGAAGCAAUAAAAUAUUUUUAAAUCUGUUUGUUUAAACCUUUAAGCUUCUAAAUGGAUUUUAAUAGGGACUUAGGUUAAGAGGUUAACAGGACUGGAAAGGAAUUUCUCAGUUGUCAGUUAUGUAUCUUCCUUUACAUUUAAAAAUUUAUUUAACGAGAUUUUUCAGAGCCCUGUCUUCCUUUUCUUUCCAUUUUCUUCACUUGAAGUGAAGAGAUUGUAUUACUCUUUUCAUUCUUGUCCCGAGCCUUUUGAUUACUAACCUUUAAUACAGAGAUUUAUUUUUUUCAUUUUUAAUUUCUUUAUUAUAUUCAAAAUCUAUCUCACUCAAUCCCAGCGAAAAAGACUAUUUUUUUGGUGUUUACAAGAAGAUUUCAGAGCAAUUUUGUUUAUAAAAAAGUAAACUCCCUUUUACAGAUUAGAUUGAUACACAGUGAUUUUCUGCACCUGAUAUUUUGAGAAUCUUGUUUCUCAUAUAUAUUGUGCUAGGCUGAUUUCUAUGUUCUAGAAAUUUAGUAAAAACAUUAGUUGAAUUGCUGAUGAAAAGAGGAUAAAAAGCCAAAGUUGCCAUUUUUUCAAGUUUUCAAUUGCUUCUGAUUUCAUCUGCUUUGCAGCACUAUUGCAGCUCUGCUUUACGAGAUUCAAAGUAUUGUUUUUCAUUGUUUUACUUGUUAGAGGUAAGCUUUUAAAAAUGGGAACUUUUCUUACCAGAAGGUUCUGUAUGACGUUUUAUGUGCUACAGGUGACAAUUCCAUGUAUAUGAGACAAACCCGAAGAUUUGAAAUUGUCUCCUGGGAAGGGUGAGGGUAUUUGGCUUUUGCUUUGCUUUUAUUGCAGAAGCGUGGCUUCAAACAUUGUUCCACACGUAACGGUUUUAAGUAACAGCAAAAAAACUUCAAAUGUGUAUUUAGUUUAUAAUACACUUGUUAAGCCCAGAUCACUCCAUGCUUAGUUUCUACUCAUAUAUACUUAGACUGUUUGGAAGGCUCUUGUUGCCUGCUGGUAGCAGCAAAGGACUGUAUAUCUGUGUGUUAGAUAACAAACCGUUUGAAAACAAGUUUUUUAUUUUUUUUUAUUAUAUGCAUAUUACUGAAAUGUUUACGAUACAAAGAAGGCUCUAAUGUCUUUUUUUUUGCUGAUGUGAUCAGAAAAACAAUUUAAAUAGCCAAAAUGCUCAAAGAAUAAACAGUUCCUAAUAAAGAGGGCAAGUUUACUUAA